AUGUUCAGUUGUUUAGGGUCCAAAUCUCCCAAACCCGUUAAGAUUCUAUUCCUGGGAUCCCAAUCCGCAGGCAAGUCAUCCAUCAUUCAAGUGCUUAUGCGGCAGGGUUUGGAGGACAUCCAACCCACUCAAGGUCUUCAAGUGCGAACCCUAGAACUCCCAAAUCCCAAGGCGUGCUACGAGUUCUACGACUUGAGCGGGGCUCACCAUGAAUCCUGGCCUUUAUUGUACUCAGGGGUGGAUUUGGUGGUGUUUGUGGUGGAUGCUUCUGAUGAUUAUCGCCGCAUGCGCGAGGUGAAGAAACGCUUCCAAGAGGUCUUGGACCAUCCAGACUUGGCCAUGAAAGAGAUUCUCGUGUUUGCGAACAAGAUCGACCGGGUUGAAGCCGAUCGGGUGCAAGACAUUAGCCACAGCCUCCGAUUGAUGGAGUUGGAACGAGUGUAUCUAAAAUGUGGCUCAGCAUUCACUUUGUUGGGGGUGGAAGAGAUCUUGGAUUGGGUCACGUUAAUGACAAGCUUCGGGGCGAGCUCUCGGAAAAGUCUCCGUAAAUCAUGA